UUGGGAAGUGCCCGGAUGUCGCUCCACCCCUCCUCCGUUUUCGAAAGGGGCGGGCCCAAAUGCAGCCGGCGAGUUGGAAGAGGCGGCGGCGGCAUCAAAAUGGCGGUCGCGACCCGAGGGCUGACUGUGAGUUUCUAUGGUCGCCAUCUUCCCAGGACCAGGGUGUGGCGCUCUUCGGAAGGUCUGAAUAUGACCUUAGCCGUUCCCUUUUCCAUGUGCCGUUGCUGCUGGCUGUGCCAAAGUGCCAGGCACCGGGUGUUUUCUACCGCGUUCUGCAGCCGGUCACCAGCCAGGAACAGCAGCUACUAUGACCUGCUGGGGAUCAAGCAGGAUGCCACCCUGGAGGAGAUCAAGCAGGCCUUCUUCAGCAAGUCAAAGAAGCUCCACCCUGACAGCGACCCAGGCAACCCUGAGCUGCACAGCCAGUUUGUGAAGCUCAACGAGGCCUACCGGGUGCUCAGCAAGGCCAGCAGCCGGAGGCGCUACGAUAGCACACAAGCAGCCCAAGAAGCUCGGCCUCCCCCAGGCAGCCAUGGCAGUAGCACCAGCAGUAGCGCCAGGAGGAAGCCUUUUGAUUUGGGCGACUUCGGGAAAAGGAGCGCAUCAGAGCCCAACGAGGACGUACGGUAUUGGCAACAGUUCCACCACUCUCCUUCAGAGUCAUUCUCAGGCCCCGAGUACGAGAGGAAGCGUCGCCAGAACAGAUACAUCUUUGGGUACUGUUUGCUCGUCAUAGUGGGCGGCUUAGCUGCCCACUACAUAGGAUUCAGGAAGCUGGAGAAAGUUCACAACAACUUCAUGGAUGAGAAGGACCGGGUCAUAACCCAGAUAUAUAAUGAGAGCAAGGAACGGGCUAGGUCCAUCGGCUUCCAGAAGCAGCAGGAGCUACUGCGGCAGAAGCAUGCCGAAUUCGCCCAGCGAAACAGCGCUAUCUCCAAGCAGGUUCCGGCAGGAGCCUUGGACUCUGGGAGGGAAACGGCUCCCCCCAUCUCCACUGCCAAAUGAAAAGAAAAACUGAGUUGGACCUGAAAUCCUCAAGCUUGGGUUCCCUGCCUUUGGUUGUGGCCAGCUGCCGGGGCUGAGGAAGAGGCAUUUCUGAGCCUCCACCACCCAUUUCUCCACUUGUCCUCCUUCCUAAUAGAAACAUCGCUGUACAGUGAAAACUGGGCUUCUGUUGUUGUUUUCCUUGGCCUACCUCUCUUGCCACACAGAAAUACACCCUCCGCCCUUCCUCCACGCCAGCCUGUUAUGGCCUCUCCAGGUAGGACUGGGAGAGACCCCCUGCCUUGAAACCCUGGACAGGUGCAGACAUUACUGAGCUUAGAUGGAGCCGAUGGUCUGGCUUGGCUUAAGGCAGCUUUCUAUGUUUCUCCACCCAGGAGUUUGACUGGAAGCAAGGCCUAGGGGCCAGGAUUGGCAACAGCCUGCAUUGCCGACUCUUGGUCUUUGGCAGGGGUGGGGCAGCUCAGGUGUGGGGGCCAAAUGCCUGGCCCUCAGGACUGUCCCCACAGCACACCCCACUUCCUCAGGCCAUAUUCCUCACUGGUCCUUCUUCACAUCCUUCUUUCUGCCUGGCUGGGAUGCUUCCCCGAACUUUGACAGUACUUGCCUGGACAGCGCUGGCUCCUGGCCUAUAGAGUGAGAUGAGCGCACAACCCUAGAGUCUGGCAAGACUGGCCCGUACGGGCAGGGGUACCUUUACCUUUACCUUUAACCAUGUGCUUAAAAUCUGUGGUGUGUAUUCAGCCAGGGACUGUGUAGAGGGAAACUCAAGUAUUGAAAGGAAGGUUGUGCCCCCUUGCCUCCUUUGGAGCCUGUUAUUUCCAGCAAAUAGAGGGUGGGGGGGGAGCAUAGGAGAAAAUGAACCUUUGGAGGUAGCUCAGAGUGACGUGCAGGAGGAUUAGCAAAUACUUGCCUGGAUGGGAAGACAGAGAGGGCUGUGUGAGUGUGUGUAGAAACUAGUCUACUGUACAAAGGUAAAAUUUGCAUGGUUCGCUCCACCCACUUUUGCCUCUGGGCCCACCCACCACUGGCAUGCGGCCCCAAGAGUGUGGCACAGAAGGGAAUGCGGCCCUCAGUUUGAAAAAUAUUUCCCACCUCAGGUCUAGGGUGUCUUCCCAAGCUGGCUGCUGAAUGUUUCAGCGCUUGGAACUGGCCCAAUCUAUUCCUCAGCCCUGUGGGCUUCAGGCUCCAGCAGCCUGUGACACCUCAAAUAUGGAAGGGGGACACACAGCUUUUCCCUCAUCCUCCAACUCAGUGUUGUAGCCCAUCCUGGAAAGUGGAAACUUGCAGUCUUGAUGUGGGUAGCACAGAUAACCAAACAGGUAACCAAACAGCACGCCACUCAUUCCUCUCGCUUUGCUGCUGUGUGUUGUCUGAAGCAGCAUUUUCCAAACAUGAGAGGUUUGUAAGAGCAAGAAUUAAACACCCGCCCACACCCAGGUCCCAUCUUCACUAUAUGUUUAAAUCACUAUCAUGCCACUUUAAACAGUCAGAGCUUUCCCCCCAAAAAAUCUUAUGAAUUGUUGUUUGCAAAGGCAAGGUAAGGAGAGCCCUAUUCCCCAGAGUUCCUUGGGAAGAGGGAUUGGCUGUUAAACCUCUCUAAAUAUUAAAGCUCUGUGAAGGUGGAAGAUGGAUCUUGGCACCCUUGAGAAAAACUACAGGCCUUUGGGGGAAGCCAUGGUUGUUUAAACGCAUAAUCGAGAUGGGACCUCAGAACAUCUACCCUCUUUUUCCUGGAUAGUCACUGUUCUGAGUGUGCUUGGAAGGAAAUCGCUUAGGGCAGUUACUCACUCAGAGAUGAAAUGGGUAGCUUCUUCUGAAGGCUAGUAAUUCUGCAUUUCCACAGUGGAAGCAAUCCAGUUGCCCUCAGUGUAAAGGCAUGGCAAUAUUACCCCGCCUUGGGCAGCAGCUGAUUGACAGAAGGCCUAGACCAGUGACUCAUGCAGAGAUACCACAGGCAGCCUUCUCUGGGCUUAAUGCCUCAAUGGCUUUCAAUGUUUUGUGCCAGGGGCACAAUAAAGAGGGGCUGCGCAGA